AUGAUGUCCAUGGUGCCGGCAUCUGGAAGCGGCAUGAUGGAGGCUACCACAUCGACGGCACAGCGGAAACCUCGGCAGACGCGCAACGUCCAGCCUGAGAUCGACCUCUCGAUACCCCUCCAUCCAUGGGCGACCACGUCCCAGCUGCAGCACCUGCAACACCACCAACUUCCAGCCUCUGCCCCUGCUUCCACGUCGUACCGAUCUGUGCACCAGUCACAACCACCACCACCACCAACAUCAAAACCACAAGUACAGCCACAACCGCACCCACAGUACACGAUGAGCACGCAACCGCAUCCGCAUCACACCUUUCCAGUCGCCGUUGCACCCGUCUCCACCGCAAACUUCUACGCUCAUCCGCCAACAACUCACACAAACGCCGCUACAUACGUAAGAGCAACGCCAGUGCCGACUGCAAAGCCAGAACUGCAAUUCGCACCCGUGCCAGCUCUGCCAAAGAAGAGUCUGCCGACGCGAGCGGAUCUUGAUUUCCUGCUGGGAGGAUCAUCUAGGGCAAGAGCCAAGUCGGUCACGCCAAAGACAGUAGCUCCACCAGAUAAGCCGCGCUCUGCAACCGUGAGAGCGCCCGCUGCUGUCAAAGCCACACCAGUUGCCAGACCUAGCGUACAGACCCACAUUGCUGGACCUAGUUGGUUCUUGGCAGCCGGUGCAGAAGCACCUGCAUCCACUUCUAGGCCGUCUCUACCACUCCGACAACCAUCUGACAUCCCGGUUGUACAGCAACACGACGACGAUCUUCCCCUGGGCGCCGAGGCCGUUAUGGAACAGGACGAUGAAGCAGGCUCAUCCUUUGAAGCUGAUAACGAAGGCGAAGGUCCUGUGGCAGAAAAAGACGAUCCUAACGAUCGUGAUUUUCGACCAUCCGCCAACGCUGCUGCUCCGAAGCAGAAGCGAGCAUAUCGUCGCAAAUCGCAAGUGGCCGAGGGAGAUGCUGCCGCAACGGCUAGUGGCACAAAGAAACGCGCCCGUCACAGUCUCGCGAGCAACAGCACAUCCGCAGGCAAGGUCGCCGGCAGCGCUAGUGGGUGGCUCACUCCCGAUGGGCCCAAACGGCGUGGGCGGCCGCCCAAGGAAGCGUACACGCCGGAUAUGCUCGAACAGAUCAAAGCGGCCAACGAGCUGUUGGGCAUCGCUGAGAACGACCAGGAAGGGCUGUGCAAGAAGCGGCUUACGGACAUUAUCGAUCCUCAGACACGGCAGGCCUUGUCACCGGAGAUGCGCGCCGUGCUCUUGAGGGCGAGAAACACGCAGCUGCAGCGCGAGCGGCUCAAGCGGCUUCGUGAGGCGGGCAUCCCCAUAUCGCGGUCCAAGCCUAAGCCCAAGCAGGAGGCAGCGAGUGAGGAGGGGGCAGGGGCAGCGAAGCAGGAGGAGAAGCCGAAGCGAGGAGGCAGGCGGCACAAGGAGGUGCACGAGGAUGAGGCCGAGACGGGAAGCGGAUCGGCGAUCGUGGAGCGAGCCAAGGGCAAGGUGAGCGAGUGGAUCAAGAGCAUCAGCAGCGAGGCCGGGAUGAGCAACGACGCCGAGUGGGACGAUAUGGCGGCUCCCUCGCCACCGCUGCCAAAGCAGCACGUGUCGAGGAUGGCGUCGUCCGUAGCGAGCAGCAGCAAGCAGCAGCGGGAAGCGUUGGAGACACCCGCGUCGCCUGCACCUGCACCUGCACCUGCACCUGCUCUAGGCGCGCAGAUACAGGCCCUCGGCGAAGCUGCGCGUGCGGAUACGAACAUCGACCCACGCCUGUUCACGGACAGCUCCGCAGCCAAAGCCGAUGACAACGAAGACGACGAGCUGGUGCAGGGCUACUUUUCCCGCUUUGCCACCGUCACUGGCGACUCGAAGCACAGGCCGCCUGCAGAACAAGCGCAGGAGGGCGACACGUUCCAAGCCGGCGUCGUGGGCGACGAGUACUACUUCUCCAACUGA